UGUAUUCAUUAUAUUUUGAUUAGAUAUUUAUUUUCCAGCAAGAAAUUCUAUAGUAUUUAUUAUAAAACAAAAUACAUCAAUAAAUAAAUAAAUAUUUUUUAUAAGUUGAUGAGUUCUUAGGAGCUAAUGCUGAUUGAUGAAUUCCUCAACUUUAAAGAUUUUUCGAAUUCUAAAAAAAGCUCUAAGAACCAAGAACUAGGUCCUUGGGGUACUCCUCAAGAUGAUUAAGACAUAUUCUGUUACAGAAAAAGAUUAGAAGAAACAAGCGCUCUGACGAAUAAAGCCACAAAAAAACAUUUAAAAUAAGAUUUACAGUCUGCCAAUUGCAAUCAUGAGAAUAUUGACACCUCUCUUGAUAAAAAUUCAAUAAAUUUAUCAUUUUAAUAGGAGAAUUUUGCACGAUAUGCAAAUUCACAAAUGCUUCCUAAAAAUAAGAAAGUUGUUUCAGAGCUUACAUAUCAAUUGUCUUAGACAUCAUAAAGAUCUGAUUUAAAUCAAAAUUAGGAGAACAAGCUUUAUUAAUCAGCUGAAAUCGAUACAUCUUACUUUUUAAGGACUGGUUUGGAAGGAAUUAAAUAAUAAAAGAAACAUUAAUCAGUUGGGAGAACUUCAAUUUAAGUAAACUAUCAAAACCAGCCAAGUCAGAAUUUUGAAAGUAAAACUCAAAAAUAUGAAAUCGAUCUUGAUAGAAUAAAAAAAUUGCUCAAAGAUUAAAAUGAAUCUUAGAAAUUAAUACUUCUUUAGGGUAGUACGAAGGAUAUAAAAGCUAAUUAGUUUGAGAAUUUCUACUCUACAUUAGCUUUAAUGCCAGAAGGCACUACAGAAAAUACGCAGAAUAGUAUGAUUCAUUCUAAUAACUAGACCUAAUAAAUUUUAAGUAGGCCUAAGAAGAAUAUGCAAGAAUAAAGAAGAGCAAAUAGUAAUGAUUUGAGAAAUAACAUAAUUAAUACUAACGAAGAUGAUUUAGAUAACAGCAUAAACUAAAGGAAUUUGUUAUUAAUUGAGAAUUAAAAGCUUAAUCAACAGAAAAUGCAUUAGUAUAACAUCAAUCUAGCUAAGGAAAAAAGAAUGAAAAGAUAAAAUCCUCAAAGCAAUGGAUUAAUUGAGUCACGUUCUAAUUAUGCAGAUCCUAAAUAAAGAAUAAAUAUUAUCAGGGAAUAACUAAAUAUGUUUGAAGAGGGAAAGAAAAAGUUUGAAAAAGUAUUAAAAAUAUGCAGAAUAUCAAGCAUGACUCCAGAAUAACCUCUUUUUCAAAGGAACGAGCAGAAUGUUAGAGAAUACAAAUAAAAAUUAAGCAAAGAUAAAAAAUAAAAUAUUUAUCAUAAAAAAUAUUAAAUUUAUGAUUUUCCUACAGAUAAGUAAAGUGAAAUGUUUUAUGAUAAUAAGAGUAGGAUGGAUUCAGACGUUUCAACCAAUUCUAUGUUUGAUUACAGAAAAAUGAACUUCAAAUAAUUUUAAUAAAAUUAGUAAAAUAAUUAAACAAAUGACUAGACUUAAACACAAAUGCUAUAAAUAUAAUAAGAAAGGUAAUAAUAUAAUUUUCUUUUCCAAAAAGAAAAGAGCAACCUUUAAGAAGAAAUAAACAACCAACAAUAUUAAGAAGCAAAUAAACUCCCAAGACUUUAAAAUAUCAACUCAAAAUAAAGAGUUGCAAAAAAUAAAGCCUCAUAAAGAAAUAAAAUAUGCUUUCCCUUAAAUGAGUAUUACUUAAAAAAUUCCUCUCCUUCCUCUUUAGCGAAUAAGUUAGAUAUAAAUAAAAUUUUUCCACAAAAGAAAUAAAUUAUCAGAUCUAGUGAUGUUUCUUGA